AUGGCGUGCUCCUACGCCACCAGCACCCUCCCGCCCAUCCUCUCAAAGGACACCGACAUCGCCGCCUACCUCGCCGAGACCGGACCCGCGAGCCACAAGGGGACGAACAUCGUGAUCGGGCCCGAUGAAGUAAGGGAGGUCGUAGAAGGCAACGGGAAAGGCGGCGCGAACCUGGUCGUCGUGGAUAUCGCGCCGGGGGGCGUGAGCCAGAUGCAUCGGACUGUGAGCGUGGAUUUCAGCAUCUGUGUGCUGGGGGUCGUGAAGAUGGAGUUGGAUGGCGGGGAGGUGGUGACGCUGCAUCCGGGGGAUCAUGUGAUUCAGAGGGGCACGAUGCACAAGUGGAUCAAUGGCAGCGAGACGGAGUCCGCACGGUUUGUGGCGGUCACGUUGCCGUGUGAGGUGUUUGAGUUAGGGAAGACGGGGAAGGUGGAGAGGGAUGAGAGUAAGUUGUAA